UAUGUUUGUAAACGGAACAAUAAGGUUAUGUGCGAACGGGAUUUAGUUGAAAGCGUUCCUUAAACGAUUUUCUCACUCACGAAACGAUGACCGUCGGUAUGACGGCCUCCAUUUUGCGGAAUCCCGAGAUGCAAUUCGGUUCGAUCACUUUUUUCGCCAAACAACACAAAGGGGACACCUGUGGGAGCAACGGUCUGCCCCUCACGCCUAAUUCGAUAAUCAUUGUGGGGCGGGCACAGAUUUUAAAGACGAUCGACAGCCCGUUUCUGUGCCGGUACUUAGAUAUCAUUCGAGGAAAGCACGAGCGCACCGUCGUUGUCUCGCAAUAUUGCGGCGAACCCUUGUCCGGGUUCGUGAGCAAAAACGAAUUCUCCAACGAGCGGAUCGUAAAAAUUGCACACCAAGUGCUGACAGGGCUCGCGGAGCUCCACCGAAACAAAAUCGUGCACCGAAACUUGAGCAACGAUAACAUCCUGCUUCAGGAGAACGGCGACGUGAAACUGUUCAAUUACGGGCUGUAUUACAUGACGCAUUGCGGGCGGCUGGUUUCGUUUCCUAUACUGCAAGCGCACUAUACCGCGCCCGAGGUGUACUUGGGCGGUACCGAAGGUCGUUUGGCCGACCCGAAGGCCGAUCUAUGGUCGUUGGGCAUCUGCCUGGCGGAGCUUGUCUUGAACAAAAUCCUGUGGGCCUCCUUGAACCUCGGCCAGCGAAUUAGGAAAAUAUCGAGCCUGUUGCAGUCGAACGGCUCGAUAUUCGAGAAAAUCGCCAGGGAACACAACCGUUACGAAGCCUACACGGAUCUGCCCGACGACUUGAAAGGGUUGAUCGAGAAGUGUCUGAGCUUAUAUCCCGGCGACAGACCUACGUGCGAGGAGUUGCUCGCCAGCGACGCGUUCGCCGAACUAGCUAAAACUAGCUCCGCGAACGAAAGCAAGGUUCGCCAACCUUUCCAAGUGUUCACGAUCCACGAGCUCUACCAUUGGUGGCAGCUCGCCGGAGGCGACGUAUUCCAGGAGUUGAAAAAACAGGGCUUCAUCCGAUCCAGUCCGCCCGUACUGUCCCUGCCUAGCUUGGUGCUGAUAGAGGGCGCCGUCCUCGGCCAAGAACGCAACUCAUCCACCCUGUACGACCCGAAGGUGGUGCGGAUUCCGCUCGAAACGUUGUACCAGCGAUUCUCACACGUGCCCCAUCCGGCGUACUACCCGCUGAUACACAGCGAUUCUGACGUCAUAACCAACGCGGACCCGCCCCCUUACGACGCGACCGGUCUCCCGCUGGUCAUCAAGGAAAAAGAUCCCGAGUACCAGCUGCACCGCGUCAUACUGCUUCGGCGGCUUCUCCACGGUUAUCCAUUCACGAAGGCGCUCAUUGCCCGCGAAGCGGCCAAAGACGUGCCGCCAUUUUUAAGGGGCGACAUCUGGGCGGCCCUGCUCGACAUUAAAUCCUACUACAAGGAGGAGUACUCCAAGAUAGACAAGCACACGUACUUUCCUACCGAUCGGCAGAUAGAGGUCGACAUCCCCAGAUGUCACCAGUACAACGAGCUGCUCUCAUCGUCCGAGGGCCACGGCAAAUUAAAACGAGUGCUGAAGGCGUGGGUCAACCAAAACACCCAGUACGUGUACUGGCAAGGUCUCGACUCCCUCACCGCCCCCUUCCUCUACCUAAACUUCAACGACGAAGCAAAGGCGUUCGCCUGUUUGUCCGCAUUCGUGCCCAAAUACCUGCACGGUUUCUUCCUCAAAGACAAUUCCGCGGUGAUCGAGGAGUACCUCGCCAAGUUCUCGCAGCUGAUCGCGUUCCACGACCCGCCCCUGGCCAACCACCUCCACGACAUCAACUUUUACCCGCAGCUCUUCGCGAUCCCGUGGUUCCUGACGCUGUUCUCGCACGUGUUCCCGCUCUACAAGAUCCUCCAUCUGUGGGACCGGCUGCUGCUGGGCGAUUCGUCGUUCCCCCUCCACGUAGGCCUGUCCAUUUUGACGCAGCUGAGGAGGCGUCUGCUGGCGUCAGGGUUCAACGAGUGCAUUCUGCUGUUCUCCGAUCUACCCGAGGUCGAUAUCGAGAGGUGCGUCGCCCUUUCCAGUGAGACGUUCGUCGGGACGCCGCGGAGCGUCACCGUCCGACGCCACGACUACGACCCGCGCGAAGACGACCGUUAUAGGAUAAUAGUGCCAUUAUUUACGCAGAGAGCAGGCAAAUGUCCAGUCCGAAUAAAAUGCCAUUCAUCGUCCUCACACAUCUCCGAAUGCGCGUGACAUAAUAAGCAAAAAUUUCCUUCGAAAGGUUAUAAUCGACGUUUAAGGAUUUCAAAGGCUUUACGCCGGAUUUAACGAUAUAAAACACUGUGACGUUUCUUCUAUCAACAAUUUCGAGGUUAUGUGCAUAUUUUUAAGUCCCACACUUUUAACAAUUUUUUGAUGUAACUUACCCCGCUGAAAAAGGUAAAAAAAUGUAUUUCUUACCUUUACCUAUAUUAUUAUGUGUAAUAUUUUGAGCUUACCUCCUAACUUUUAAGUCUUUGUUUAAGGUUAAAAAUACUGUUUUUCUCAGUUCUUGCCACUCAAGCUCAUAAAAUUUUAAAGUAUUUGUUACAGCUUAAAAACAUUGUUUUGUCCAAGUUUUUUUUUACAGAAAUACAAUUAACACAAACAUAAGCGCACUACUCACUAGUUUAAAUUAUUUUAAUUGUUCACAGAACACCAAAUACGAUGGAUGGUUUAAUUCGCCUUCAAAUGCAUUGACAGAAAACACAACAACUUGCGUUUUUUCUAUCAACAAUUUCGAUUUUAUGUACGUAUUUCAUCUUCGCUUUUCAGCGAAUGCGCUGAUAUAAUAAGAAAAACUUCCUGAAAAAUUAAAACCAACAUUUAAGGGUUUACGCAGAUGUUAACGAUUUAAGGUUGACGUUUCUUCUGUCAACAAUUUCGAGGUUAUGUACGUAUUUCAUCUUCGUUUUUCUACGUAUGCACUGGACAUAAAAAAAAAUCUUCUUCCGAUUUAAAAUCGACGUUUCUUCUGCGAAACGAGACGCGGCUUAAAAAACGGUCCCCGUUUCAAGGAAUUGAAAUCGACGCCGCUGGAGGAAUUGAAAAAGGAAAGGUGUCCGCGAAUCGACGCUCGAGACUUCGUCGACGCGAUCCGAAACGAUCCGGCAACAUUGUUAGUCGUCGAUAUUCGCACCCCGAACGUGUAAGUCACGAAAAGGGGAAUGGGGGGGCAACAAAAAAUACUGCCCCUUUAAGAUUUUCCAGGGGCGCCGUCGUCGGUAGCGUUAACGUGCCCUCAUCGAGCGUCUCCUUUACCGAGAAUUCAAUCGACAACGUCGGCCAUCACAGCGCGACGCUGAAGGCGACCGCGGGGAAAACCGUCGUCGUCAUCGGCGACC